AGUGCUUCUGAUCAUAAUUAACUUUCCACACAAAAUAAAACGGAUCUUAACUUCACAUCAAACGUUAUAGAAGUUUAACUUUGAUUGACACAUUAUCAAAAUAUAUCAUCAGCACUGCACGCGCAUCAAAUGUUUGGCUAGGCUAAAACAAAUAGAGGAGAAUAAAGUAAAAGAUAAAAAAAAGAAUAGGUUUUGACCAAUUAAAAAAAGCGACCCAACUUGUAAUAGAUCAUUCGUCCAGACUUUAAAUUUCCUCAAGUGUUAUAAAUAUAGAAAUCAUAUGCCUCAUGCAAAGUCACCUGAACAUCGAUACAAGUGUCGACCAAACAUAUAUCUAAAUAUAUAUAAAACACCUGAAGUCUCAAGUCUCGUUUAUAUUGUAAAGUUUUCUAUAUAUCAUCAUGAUCAUGAAGAUAUCUAUGGCAAUGUGCAAGCAAUCAUUGCCUCCUUCGACAAAUUUAGAGUUCUCUCCGGCGAGAUUUGGUCCCAAUAUGCUAACUCUAAACCCAUACGUCCCAAAGGAAAAAGUCGUGGUCAUCAUGGGCGCUACCGGAACAGGCAAGUCACGACUUUCCGUCGAUCUUGCCACACGUUUUCAAGCAGAGAUCAUAAACUCCGACAAGAUCCAAGUUCACCAAGGUCUCGACAUUGUCACUAACAAGAUCACGACCGAGGAGAGAUGCGGGGUACCGCACCAUCUCCUCAGUGUUUUGCCGCCUCAAGCCGACUUAACCGCCGCAAACUUCUGCCACAUGGCAAAUCUCUCUGUUGAAUCUGUUCUUAACCGUGGAAAGCUUCCAAUCAUCGUUGGAGGUUCCAACUCUUACGUCGAGGCUCUAGUCGACGACGACGACUACAAAUUUAGGUCAAAGUACGACUGUUGCUUCCUAUGGGUCGACGUGGCACUACCCGUUUUGAACCGGUUUGUGUCUGAGAGAGUUGAUAAGAUGGUGCAAAAUGGAAUGGUCGAAGAAGCUAGAGACUUUUUUGACUAUUCGGAUUCUGAUUACUCGAGAGGAAUAAAGAAAGCAAUUGGAGUUCCAGAGUUCGACAUAUUUUUCAGGAACGAACCGUUCUUGAAUUUGGGAGACAGAGAAGCACUGUUGAAUAAAGUGGUCGAUGAAAUAAAGAGUAAUACUUUUAAGUUAGCUUGCAGACAGAGAGAGAAGAUCGAACGGUUGAGAAAGAUCAAGAAGUGGUGCAUUCAGAGAUUGGAUGCGACUCCGGUUAUCACAAGGCGUAGAUCAAAGGUGGAUGCUGACGUGGCGUGGGAGAGGCUGGUGGCUAGACCGAGCACCGAAGCUGUUUCACGGUUCUUGCUCGAUAUUGACAGCCCUCGAAUGUUUGUGGAAGCAUCAACCGGGGCGGUCAGGGAACGCGAAAUGUCCCUAGUGGCGUGAUCAGCUGGAAAAUGUGGUUAAGAAAUGUUCUGAUGGCAUGGCAAUGAUCAGAAAUGUCCAAGACUACUACCAUGAGUGAUGAGUGGGGAAAAUAUUUUUAAAAUAUGCUAGAAAAUAAAGUUAUAUCCACGGCUCUACAUAUAUUAUAUAGUAUACGCAUCAUAUAUAGUACUGUUAGAUACUGAAAUUUUGGCAUAACGGUUAUUCAGUAUUAUCUUCUACUUUUUUGGACUCAAAUGAGACUGUAAGAGGAAUGCUAUACUUCGAAAUGAGACCUUUUCUUUUUUUGGUAAAUGUUAAUUUUAUAUUAAAUUUUCAAAUUUAUGAUAAUGAAAAAUUGUAGCGAA